AUGUCGGGCUUGGCCACUGUACGGAUGGCGGCGAAUCAAUCGGUCCACCGUUCAGGCUCUACUCGGAUCUCAGAUAUCAGUAUCCCUCCACAAGGAGGAUCUACAACGGAAUUUCAGUAUGAAGAAUUAGACCCCUCAGUGGACUGUAUGCGACUGAUAGAACUCGACCCAGGCGGAGAUGCCGACGACGUUCCUCGCUGCAAGCUUAUCCACGUCACAUUUGGCCAAAAGCCCAGAUACCAAGCGCUAUCGUACAUGUGGGGAGACGUCACGAUCAAAAAGAAGAUUUCUGUCGAAGGGAAAGAGUUGCUAGUUGGGCAGAACCUUUGGGACGCUCUCCGGUAUUUGAGGAACUGUGGCAGCUCGCGACAUUACUGGAUUGAUGCGAUUUGUAUUAACCAGGCUAAUAUCUUCGAACGGAAUCGACAGUUGCGUAUUAUGCCACAUAUCUACAUGAGAGCACAGACAGUUCUAGUAUGGUUGGGCAGGAAGUACGCGAAGUAUCGGGCGGAGGAUUGGCAGGUGUGGAUGGACUGGAGAGUCGACGGGAAAUCCGACAUGUCCUUUUCCGCCAGUGAGCUAGUUGCGCGUAUGGAGCAGAAGCAGCUAAUUAGCACGAUGUCUCUUGAGCUUUGUUCAGAUGAUUACUGGAACAGGGUAUGGAUAGUCCAGGAGAUCGGGAUGGCUCGGACGAUACAGGUUUGCUUUAAAGAGUGUCGGAUGACGUGGAACACCUUCAUUCAUCGGCUCACUCUAUCUUGUGGAGGAAAUGGCAAUGGUCCAUUCAUACUGGAGAGAAUGCUCCGGAACAAACAUCACCGCGGACACACUCUUCGAGAACUACUCGAAAACCACCAACAAGCAGUGUGCAAGGAUCCACGAGACAAGAUAUAUGGUUUCGUCGGACUGGCAGCAGACGCGCGCAUGUUUCCCAUGGACUACCGAAAGCCCCUUUUGGAGGUUUGGAAGGACACGAUGACGGUCAUGUACGGCCAUGCACCUUUCGGCCAUGAUAUGGUUCUUUGUGCGAGCCUUGUGAAGAACCUUCUCGGCGGCCGCCAUGUUGCAUCCAAAGAACAGGUCGCUCGAGAAUAUGCUUCCCGGACUGAACCGCCUCUCCGGAUCGACAACAAGGACCCGCGCUACCCUACCUUUGACCUCACCGCUUAUGUCGCCGGCAUGAUCAUAUGUAUAGGACCUUCGACCGCGCAUAUGAUGGGUGAUCUUGAUGCCGUGGAUGAGUGGCGGGCACAAAUACAACAAAACUUUCCGGAUGAAUCUGUCGAUGCUGACCACGACAACGACCUCCUUGUGGAAGUGCUCCUGAACGCAGAGAAUGAUGAUCCGGACUUGCUCUCAUUAUCGCGACUGCACGUCUGCUGGAGUGCGCCCAAAGUACUCUGCGAGAAAAUUCAGAAUUGUCGGAUGAGGAGCAAGCUUGAGGUGAGAAGCGGAAAUUUCAAAGACGAGGGGCCGAGAGCGUCUCCCAUGGCAUCAGACAUCGAACCUCAAGGCCCUAAGAUCACCGAAGCCUUGGUGCCAGCUUCCACACCGCGCCUUUACCAGAUGAAGAGAAUAAUUCCUCAGAGCUCCCCUUGGAAAAUGGGCAUCGUGGCAGGAGAAGCCCAGGUCGGAGACCUGAUCUGUUGGAUACCAAGGGUAAAGAAGGCAGUGGCUGUGCGAAUUAAUGACGGCUGGUUGGAAAUUAUUGGCACCGCCAUGGCUCCGACAAAGCUCUUCUGGAAGGGCACACAGAACCGUACCAACUAUUUCGAGUCUGACGAAGAGUUGGAACUUCACCUGGACCUCGAUAGUGCCUAUGUCCUCUUAACGUAG